GCCCGGGCGAGUGGGCGGCGCGGCCACGUGACCCGAGCCGGAAGCGGCCUAUCGGGGACGGAGCUCCGCCAGCUCCCGCCGCGGCGAUGACUUCCGCACUGACGCAGGGGCUGGAGCGGAUCCCCGACCAGCUCGGCUACCUGGUGCUGAGCGAAGGCGCGGUGCUGGCGUCAUCGGGGGACCUUGAAAAUGAUGAGCAGGCAGCCAGCGCCAUCUCAGAGCUGGUCAGCACAGCCUGUGGUUUCCGGCUGCACCAUGGCACCAAUGUACCUUUCAAACGCCUGUCUGUGGUCUUUGGCGAGCACACGCUGCUUGUGACCGUGUCGGGACAGCGGGUGUUCGUGGUGAAGAGGCAGAACCGAGGCCGGGAGCCUGCUGAUGUCUGAGUGGCAGAAGGCACUGGCUGGAGAAGCGGACUGCGGUGGGGCCUGUGAUGGAGGACACCGUCUCCUACCAUUUUCACUGCUGGAACUGGGUGUGGGCCCAGCACCCCCUCACCCUCGCCCAAGGCCCAAAGGCUUUACGUUGAGGGAAACUAUGACAAGGGGACCCCGUCCUUCCCUUCUGCACAAUAAACACCAGUCCAACGGUU